GAUAGGUACUACUUAUACCUAUUGCUGUAUUUUUUUUUUGCACGCAGCUUUUAAAGUUCGUGUCUAUGUCCAAUUUACUUACAGCUUAAAAAAUGGGUUGUAUGCUAAGAAGUGACCCGAUGACUCUCUGUGGCAUGUACUUGCAACCAGAGGCUGCGUUCGAUGUCCUAUCUCGACUCGGAGAGAUGGGCUGCGUACAAUUCGUGGACAUGCAUCCAGACUUACAAUUAUUUCAAAGACAAUACGUCAUAGAAGUUUGUCGCUACUCCGAAAUGGAGCGGAGGCUUAAAACUAUAGAACGUGAAAUGAAACUUCAUAAUAUUGAGAUACAAGAGCAAACGACGGAAUCUAUAGCUACACCACUUAAUGAGAUGAUUACAUUUGAGAAUAUGAUAGAAAAAUGGGAGCAAGACAUCCAAGAUAUGACUCUAAACGAAGUGAACUUAUUGAAAAGCUACUUUGAGUUGAACGAGUUUUAUUAUGUUCUGACUUACAUAGGACCUUUAUUGGGGGAAUCAGAAAUACAGAAAGAAUCCAUGUUGAACAGCAGAAAGGCAGCUGCUAAAGCCGGGGCGGCUGGAGACGUUGGCGUCGGCGUCGGUGGUCGUCUGGUCGUCAUCACAGGAGCUGUUCGUCGCAAUAAGUGCUAUGCUUUCGAAAUGAUGCUCUGGAGAAUCUCGCACGGCAUCAUUUACUAUAAGCAAGCAUCCGAAGAUAAAAUACUUAUAGAUCCUCAAAGCCGUCAAGAAAUCAGGAAAGUGGCGUUCUUAGCUAUCUGCCAGGGAGAAGCAUUGACAGAACGCAUUCAGAAAAUUUGUGACGGAUUCCAAGUAAACAUCUUUCCUUGCCCCAACACGCCUCAGGAAAGAAUGGAAUUACAGGAAAAACUCCAGACAAGAAUCACUGAUCUAGAUCAGGUUUUAAAGAAGACUCGUUACCAUCGUUGCAAGACUUUGCGUACUGUGAGUAAGAACUGGCGACUUUGGAUGGGUCAAGUUAGAAAAGCGAAGGCUAUAUACCAUGCUAUGAAUAUGUUUCGGUACGAAAAGUGCCUGAUUGGGGAGGCUUGGAUACCAAACUCUGACUUAGACGCAGUCAAUACUGUUUUGCACUCUUGUUCCGAAUCCUUCCAAUCAAGUGUGCCUUCAUUCGCGUCGAAGAUUGAGACAACGCAAAUGCCUCCUACUUAUCACCGCACUAACAAGUUUACUAGAGGAUUCCAAAAUCUUAUCAACGCUUAUGGUGACUCCACUUACAGAGAACUGAAUCCAGGUCUUCACACCCUUAUUACAUUCCCAUUUUUAUUCUCAAUGAUGUUCGGUGACAUGGGCCACGGACUAAUUUUAGUGGGAUUCGGUUCCUGGAUGUGCAAAAACGAAAAGCUGUUUAUAAGUCAGAGGUCCACUAAUGAAAUUUGGAACAUAUUUUUCGGAGGUCGCUACGUAAUACUAAUGAUGGGAUUGUCCAGCAUGUUCACCGGAUUUGUCUACAACGAUCUAUUCUCAAAAGCCUUUUGUUUAACUGGUUCUUAUUGGCUUAAUAUUCAUUCUGUGGAAGAUUUGGCAAAAGAUGAAUAUUUUGAUUUGAAUCCGUCUUUUGAAACAGGCCGACCGUACAUGUUUGGAAAAGACCCGAUUUGGACGUUGGCGAAAAAUAAGAUCAUGUUUGAAAAUUCAACUAAAAUGAAACUGUCGAUUAUUGUCGGGAUAAUUCAUAUGAUAUUCGGCAUCAGCCUUAGCUUUUUCAACUAUCGUUAUUUCAAGCGAACGUAUUCCAUAUUCUUACAAUUCAUUCCCGAGAUUCUAUUUUUAACAUUGUUAUUUCUCUGGUUGGUGCUUCUAAUUUACAUUAAAUGGUUUUUGUAUACAGCUAAAUCAGCUGACCAAGAAAGGAACACCAGUUGUGCUCCACAGAUCUUAAUAUUAUUCAUAGACAUGGUUCUGAUGACUGAAUCUAAGCCGUCUACGGAAGGUUGUAAGGAAGCAUACAUGUUUGAUAACCAAAGAACAGUUCAAAUGACUUUAGUAUUUACUGCUCUGGUUUGUGUGCCUAUUCUGCUUUUUGGAACACCAAUUUACAAGAUACGAAAGAACAAGAGGAAAAGGGAAGCAGCCAAGGUAAGUAAUUUCUCUAUAAAACUAAAUCUCAGAGCCUACAGAAAUAGUGCGCGCGUUGACAAAAAAAUCGAAGAGCAUUUGGAAGCAGAAGUGGAGAAAUACUCAACUUCGGUUGGAGAGCUGAUGAUACAUCAAGGAGUUCAUACUAUAGAGUUUGUGCUAAGUACCAUAUCACACACUGCUUCUUAUCUGAGACUUUGGGCCCUAUCUCUUGCGCAUGCACAACUGUCUGAAAUGUUAUGGGGUAUGGUGUUAUCAAAAUUGGCACUGCAGGACCACAGUGCUAUUGGCUCCAUAAAGUUGGUGUUCAUAUUCGCAUUGUGGGCUCUAUUCACAGUCUCUAUUCUGGUGGUGAUGGAGGGACUCUCAGCAUUCUUACACUGCUUACGACUGCACUGGGUGGAGUUUAUGAGCAAGUUCUACAUCGGUGGCGGUUGGCCAUUUCGUCCAUUUUCCUUCAAAGUUAUAUUAACUGCCGAGAUCGACAAGCCGGAGCCUGGAUGCAGGAAGCUUCUUUCGCCAGAUUAAUAUAAUUAUACUUAUUUAACAAUUUGGCUCCAACAGUACACUCCUAUAUUGAUUUCUUCCUACGCAUUAACUAAGUUGGCAAUACUUCGAUACCGGUUCGCUUGUUUCAUCAAAAUCGAUCACAGGGUGUCGAAAAUCCGUUUGUUGUAUUAGGCUACGUUCAGAUGUCAAGCGCACAAUGCGCAUUUUGAUAACGGGCGUUUACAACGACAUACAUUUUAUUCAGGCUGUCCACAUUCUAUAAAAUCUAUUAGUUGUAAACGCGCGUUGUGCGCUUGUCAUCUGCCUCUGCAUUUGUAGCCUUAGUAUAACUAUAUAUUUGUUCCCAAGAUUGUUUUUUUUUAUAAUGUUAAAUGCUUUAAUGAUUUUAUUACGAUAACGAUAACUUUAUAGUUAAUAUUAUUAUAUUCUUAAUUUUA